GAAACGUUGACGAAAUUGAGAAGUAGACAAUACCCUCUGAUCUGAAUCGAAAUAGCAGGGCAGGGAACUAGAAUGUUUGCUUUGGCUUUCAAAACAAAGUCAAGAACACUUUUGCCAACAAACAUAGCUGUAAAUACCGACAAGGGCCAGUAAGGAUUGUAGAAUUAACACCUUCAGGUUUCGAACGAGGUUUCGAAGUGACGUCACCGCAGGCCGAAUUCCAACUAGAAACCAACAGAAAGCAUCAGCUGAUUGCCAGGCGUACGGAAGCCUUGGGGGACUAUUUCAAUAUCACACGGAAGCCGGAUUCUAUUCUUUGAUAUAGCUACUAUUCCGGAUAUGAUAACAUUCGCAAACAGCUCAGACAGCGAGGAUGACGAAUGCAAUGAGAGAACGUCUUUGAUCACAUCUCAGAGUCCCCCUUUACCAUCAUACCAAGAUGGGCUCCAAGCUUCAGGAGGGUCGGAAUCUUCUGAUCCCAUGAAAACACAGACAGACACACAGGUUAUUGAAGAUGUGCCCAAUGGCAGAACAUCUGGUGCAGAUGCAUAUAACAGUGAUGCUGCAAUGGAAAAUGAGGAAGAAGAGCUGACUCUCAAAUAUGGCGCAAAACACGUUAUCAUGCUCUUUGUUCCAGUCACUCUGUGCAUGGUGGUUGUUGUCGCUACAAUAAAAUCUGUUAGCUUCUACACAGAAAAAGAUGGACAGCUAAUCUACACGCCAUUUUCUGAAGAUACCACAUCAGUUGGCCAAAGACUCUUAAACUCUGUGCUUAAUACUCUUAUAAUGAUCAGUGUUAUAAUUGUGAUGACCAUUUUCCUUGUACUUCUUUAUAAAUAUCGCUGUUACAAGUUUAUUCAUGGUUGGCUGAUUCUCUCAUCUUUAAUGCUGCUUUUUAUGUUUACAUAUAUAUAUCUUAGUGAAGUUUUCAAGACAUACAACAUAGCAAUGGAUUACCCAACCUUAUUCAUGGUUAUAUGGAAUUUUGGGGCAGUAGGAAUGAUUUGUAUUCAUUGGAAGGGUCCCCUUCAGCUACAGCAAGCCUAUCUAAUCAUGAUAAGUGCACUUAUGGCUCUUGUCUUUAUUAAGUAUCUGCCAGAAUGGUCAGCAUGGGUUAUACUUGGAGCUAUUUCUGUUUAUGAUCUGCUAGCAGUGCUUUGCCCUAAAGGUCCUUUAAGGAUGCUUGUAGAAACUGCACAAGAAAGAAAUGAGCCAAUAUUUCCUGCGCUAAUAUACUCUUCUGCUAUGGUGUGGACAGUGGGAAUGGCAGAUUCUGCUACAGCAGAUGGAAGAAUGAAUCAGCAAGUGCAGCGUACAGAAAGAAAUGCACCUAAUCAUACAAACAGCUCACAAGAGGAUGCUGCCGAGACCAGCGUUCAAACACAGAGUAAUGUGUCUUCCGAGGAUCCAGAUGAGGAAAGGGGAGUGAAACUUGGUCUUGGAGACUUCAUAUUCUACAGUGUACUAGUUGGAAAAGCAGCCGCAACUGCUAGUGGAGACUGGAAUACCACAUUGGCUUGUUUUGUGGCCAUUUUAAUAGGUUUAUGUCUGACGCUGUUGUUGCUGGCAGUUUUCAAGAAGGCCCUCCCUGCCCUACCGAUUUCUAUCACCUUUGGUUUAAUCUUCUACUUUUCUACAGAUAAUAUAGUACGGCCUUUCAUGGACACUCUUGCAUCCCACCAAAUGUACAUUUAGGAAAAAUAUGUUGUCCCUUCGGGAGUGUUUUGUAAUGCUGUGAAUUGGUGUAGAAAUGCAAAUUAUGUAAAUAUAUACAUAAGAUAGGGAAUGUCCAAACUCUUGGACUUGGCUGCUGUUGUAUGAAAACUCCCAUUAUUCCUCAAAAACCGGAGGGGGUUGUUAGUUGUACAGCUGAAAGGUCAUAGGUUUGAUAUUCUUGCUUUAAGCACCUAGUAUUAUACAGUUUUUAAGAAGUCAGUAUACUAGAAAUCCAAAGUAUCUGUAGUUCUUUCUAAACAGAUAACCUUAACUGCACAGGUCAGGUGACAAGAAGUUCUAAACAUGCUUGUUCACUCGGUAGCAAAAGAAAACUCCUCAGUAAUGAUACAGUGUUUUUAAUAUGAAAAGCUGUCCGUCACAAAGAAUAGGUGGCAAAGCUUCCUUUUUAGAAUGAACAGUAUGAGACUAAAGCCCAGGGUAUACUUUGAUGGUGAUGCAGCAAAUAACACACUGCUCUUAUGUAGUUACAAGCAACAUCUGUGUGAUCAUCAGGAUCUUGGGGCCUUUGGUUAUAUUCCAUAUAUGCAUAACAUUGUAAUUAUUUUGCUUAACAUUUGUGAUUUAAAAUUUUCUUAUGCUCUCUACCUAAAUAAUCCCAUAAUUCUCCGUCAGGUGGCGGCAAGGCACAUUCUAUGUAUUGCCAUUUCUGCUGCAGGUGUCUUCCUUCCUGAGAAUAAUUACAAGAACCUAAAUAGAUGAAGUCCUCUUAACUUUGUAGUGUAUUUAGCCACCAGCAGGUUUCACCAGCCAUAACUAUAUGGUUGUAUGACAACUAUGUAUGUCUUUGGAUAUGAUAUUUACAUUAAAAAAAAAAAGUCUUUUUACCCAUUUUUACUAUCUGGAAGAAUCAAUUUAUUCUGUUUUAUCAAGCCUAUAAAUAAUUUAGUUAUCUUAUGUAACCUUUUUGUUUAAAUAAAAUCCAAAUGCUAUAAUUGUAUCUAUUUCAAUAUAAACAGAUGUUUUUAAACAAACUAACCUUGUAAAUAGAUAAUCUUCUGCUCAGUGUACAAGAUCUGAUAUCUAUAUAUCAUAGAUUUAUAAAUGUGUAUUUUGUACAUAUAAUUAUAUUAAAAAAAUUGUUUGUACAUUAAA